CGCGCCACGGUCGUCAGUCGUGUGUCGGACGUGCGGCGUGACGGGUCGGCCGGAAGCGCAGCGUACACAGUGAAGAGGAACAGCUUGGUAGCCGUUUCGAGCGUCACUGGUGUCAUCGUUGUCCGUCCGUCCGUCCUUUCGCUCGUACGUACUUUUGACAACCUGACGCGUCAGCACCGGGAAAAGAGAAGCGUGACGACUACCAUGGCCAGUCUCAGGCAAACACCAUUGACGUGCAGCGGCCACACGAGGCCCGUGGUGCACCUCGCCUUCUCCGACGUCACAGAGUCCGGUUAUUACCUGAUCUCGGCGUGUAAAGAUGGCAAACCCAUGUUGCGACAAGGUGACACUGGAGAUUGGAUCGGUACAUUCGAAGGACACAAGGGAGCGGUAUGGGGUGUAGCAUUAAAUCCACAAGCUACUCGUGCUGCGACAGGAGCAGCUGACUUUAAUGCUAAAGUUUGGGAUGCGAUUAAAGGAGAGGAGGUGCAUUCUUUCCAACAUAAUCAUAUAGUUAAGUCUGUCAACUUCAGUACCGAUUCCAAUCAUCUGUGUACUGCCUCUAAUGAAAAGCUAGUACGCAUUUACGACCUUAAUAAACCAGAAGAAGCUCCACAGAUCUUCUCAGGUCACACAAGUGGUAUUAGGCACGUCACUUUCUUUGAUAACAACUCCGCCUUGGUCACUUGCGCGGACGAUAAGACAUUAAGGGUGUGGGACAGAAAUAGCGGGCAAGAGGUCAAGAGACUAGACUUCCCUGCGAUUCCAAGUUCCAUGGAAGUGUCCAAGGACGGCAAGAUCAUCACUACUACUCACUCGAACAUCGUUACUUUCUGGAAUAGCAAGGAAUUAACGAAGAUAAAAGAGUUCAUGGUGCCCACGCAAGUGAACAGCGCCAGUCUGCAUCCGGAUUGUAGUAUCUUCGUCUGCGGCGGGGAAGAUUUGAAAAUGUACAAGUUCGACUACAGCACUGGCGCGGAGAUAGAGUCGUUCAAAGGACACUUCGGGCCAGUCCACUGCGUACGCUUCUCACCGGACGGUGAACUGUACGCGAGCGGAUCUGAGGACGGUACACUGAGACUAUGGCAGACCACGGUCGGCAAGACCUACGGACUGUGGCGUUGCGUCGAACAGACGCCCGCGAUACAAGAGAACGCCGCCGUGAUCAACAAUAAGCAGGAAGUGCCUGCCAAUUAAAACUAAAAGCCUCGCAGCGAAGCAAGCAAGAAGCUCACCGGACAUACCACAGUUCGCGAACGCGUUCCCCACCCGACGAUCGCCCGAGCGACACGCGGAUACGUCUCUUGGACCAAAAUCGAAGUACGAACGAGCAAACGAAACAUCCGAGCAUCCUUUUUUUUACGGGCCACUUUUGUCCAUCGACGGAAAUUCUUGUAAAUAAUAUAAACGGAUUGUAACGAG